AGCCCGCCCUGGCGAUGGCCUCGACCCUUACGGCUCCCCCUGAUACCUACAUGACAGGCACAAUCUCCCCCGCUAUCGGCCGUCUUACUUCUCUCUCCCUUCUUGACCUCAGCAAUCUCCUGAAGCUCUCCGGCCCCAUCCCUUCGUCCCUCGGCCGCCUCACCGGUCUCACCGUUCUCCUGCUCGACACCAACAACUUCACAGGCACCGUACCUCCUUCCCUCGGAAACCUCUUCCGCCUCCAGAAGCUCUAUCUCGGCUCCAACCACCUCUCCGGUCCAAUCCCUCCUUCCAUCUUCUCCUUGCCCAAUCUCGUUGAACUCGACCUCUCCAGCAACGCACUCUCUGGUUCCAUCCCUGCUUCAGUUGGACAGCUCAGAAGACUGCAAAUUCUUAAUCUCCACGGUAACCGACUCAGCGGAGGCAUACCCUCAGAUAUCGGAGUGCUCAGCCAGCUGACAAAUCUCGACCUUUCAGCUAAUCAGUUCACCGGCACCAUUCCUCAAUCAAUCGGUAAUCUCGCCAACCUCUACCAAUGCAAUCUGUAUCAAAACAGAAUAACCGGCAGCAUUCCGUCUUCCAUUUCGGGCAUGGUCUCCCUGCAGUUCCUCAACUUGCAGGGUAACCUACUGACCGGAAGAAUACCAGAUUCAAUCGGUAGCGUUCGCAACCUCCAGGGCCUGUACUUGACUAACAAUCAGAUCACGGGUGAGAUACCAAGCUCGAUAGGGAAUCUCCUCAAUCUGACAUACCUCAACCUGGGUAACAAUCGCCUCUCCGGAGUAAUCCCUUCCGGUAUUACCAGCUUGAAUCUACUGCAGACCCUAGACGUAUCCAGCAACAAUAUCAUCGGCCCGAUUCCACGGUUUUCUCAACGUCCCGAUCUGCAGAACAUCAUCCUUUCCUUCAACCCUACACUCAACCUGGGCAGCGUGCCAAGCUGGCUCGGGCAACUGGAUGGCCUCCUCCAGAUCGGACUGGCAGACACUGGGCUUGUGGGUCCACUCCCUGAAUGGCUCGCGUCUACCUCCAUCUCCACUCUUGACCUCUCUAGCAACAAACUCACCGGUGAAAUGCCCACCUGGGUCGGCAACAUGACCAACCUCUCCUCCCUGAAUCUAUCAAACAAUGGGCUCGACUCCACCAUACCUAAAGCGUUCAAGAAUCUGACAUUGCUCACCGAUGUGGAUCUCCAUUCCAACAAAUUCACUGGACCGAUCAGGCCGGUGCUAGCCAAGGGGACAAACGAUCCAGUAGGCCACUACAACUCUAUAAACCUCUCAGGAAACAUGUUCACCGGUGGAAUCGAUAGUGACAUUGGAGAAUUGCCAGCGAUGGACACAAUCACAGAGUUUGAUGUGUCUUACAAUCCCUUAGGAGGGACGAUACCAGUGUCGAUGGGAAGCUUGGCAUACCUGGCACAAGUGAGAAUGGCUGGGGAUGGGUUGACGGGUGCGAUACCAGCGGGAUUGCUGGGCCUGCAGUCGCUCACGGUGUUUGACGUGUCGGGGAACAAUUUGAGCGGGAUGAUUCCGUCGCACAGUGCAAGCCUUGGUGCUAGUGGAUUCGCAAGGAACCAGGGACUCUGUGGAGCGCCAUUGUCACCCUGCAAGCGUUAAGCGAGAGGGUGGUUGGGGUCCUAUAAAGGUUCGUGUCGUCGUCCUUCUGCCCCGCACAAGGUCAAGACUAGUUAAAUAUAGUGACAUGAAUAUGUGUUUGCUUAAAUUGAUUGCCUCUAAUCCCUAUAGUGUCCAUGAACUGGACCUCAAGACCAAAUAAUUAAAGGUAAGCACGGAGAUCCUGCUUGCAAUAAGUCAUUUCCCCUGAUUCCGAGUUGUUAAUUGGUCGGAAUAAGUUGUUGUUUUACUUGUAAUCUGCCAGUUUGGGUGCGGCAGCAUAAACACAAAUAAAUG